CCACCUUCACGCAUGCGCCUAGGCUCUACGAACAAACAAACAUGGCGGCCAUCAGAAACUUCAGAAGAUAUUUACGCUUCGCAUUGACGAAUUCUGUUUUUCUGAAGAACUAUCAACAUAAUGCAUUUUACUCAAACAGAUAUUUCAAAUACUUUCUUUUAAGCGCAGCAGGAUUCAGUUCUAUCUUUGCUUUAAAAUCUCUUAAAUAUGAAAAAUUAAAAUCGCUUUCUUUAAAAAAUGUUUCAUUUUCGUUACCAUGGCCAAGUGUUGUGUGCGCAAAAAGUGUCAACAGUGGGGAUGAAAGGGAUGAGGAUGGAUCCAAAGCAAAACUCGAAGUUACAUCUUACAGAGAGAUGAGAUUCCGACAGUUUGCAUCAGUAGAAUAUGAAGGAAAUAUUUAUAUGACACCUCAAGAUUUUCUUGAGUCUUUAACAGAAGAAUCUCCCAGAGGUUACUCAAAACGUACUCGGAUUGGCAGAACUCGCUUGACGUCCUCCGAGCUUGACAACAUGUUGCGCAAUACGCCAACGUUGACAAAGGGCAACGAUAAGCUCUUCAGGAAACUUCACGACAAAGGAAUCAUCUCCUACACAGAGUAUUUGUUUCUUCUCUGCGUAUUGACAAAGCCCCAUUCUGGUUUCCGUAUAGCUUUUAAUAUGUUUGACACAGAUGGCAACCAAAUAGUGGACAAACAGGAGUUUUUAGUGUUGGAGAGUUUCUUCAUUCUUCCACCCAAAGAAAGGAAGUUUGUUCCUCGGGACCCUAAAAAGUUACAGAAAUUGUUAAAUCUUGAGAAGGUCUUCAGCUCCGGCUCUUCUAAAGGGGAAGACAAAGAUGAGGAAGAGGGGCAAGACAAGCAUACCAGUAAUAUGCAGGAAUUAAAAGCCUUGCUCCAGAAGAGCACAGAGAUACCAGACACAACACUUUUGGUGCACUUUUUUGGGAGGAACGGGAAAAAUGUUCUUCAGUACAAGGACUUUCAUAGGUUUAUGGAGAAUCUCCAAAGUGAAGUCAUUGAGCUGGAGUUCCUGGAGUUCUCUAAGGGCAUGAGCACAAUCUCAGAGGUAGCCUUUGCCAAGAUUCUGCUCAGGUACACAAACCUAGACCGAGGGGAUGUUGAGGAUUGUCUGAAACGGGUCAAAGAAAGAAUGCCCAAUGAAAAGGGUAUCACAUUUGAUGAGUUUAAAAAGUUUUGUCAAUUCCUCAACAACCUGGAUGACUUUGCAAUUGCCAUGAAGAUGUACACAUUUGCUCAGCAACCGGUUUCACAAGAGGAAUUCAUGCGUGCUGUGAUGGUGUGUACAGGUUUCAGCCUAGGAUCUCAUAUAGUCAAUACCCUGUUCAACAUCUUUGAUACUGAUGGAGAUGGUAACUUAUCCCAUAAGGAGUUCAUUUCUUUGAUGAAGGACAGACUACACAGGGGUGCACGAUCUCAUCUUAUGCACAGUCAGAACAAACUGGAAGCUUUUAAAACUUGUGUCAAGAAUGAAAUGAGGACAUUUUAGCACCAAUCUCACAUCAGGAUACAAAAGUCACAAGUUCCUUGAGGUGAAACCUUGAGCUCCCCACCAUUUUUAUCUAUUUUUUUUUGUUUUUCCAAAGCCUUAAAAAAAAUUCCACAAAUUUUUUAUAAUUUACCAAUCAAAUAGUCUGGUCUGGCCAAGCUCUCAUUUGAACUUCUCUUCUUACCAUAUAUAAUAUAUGUCUGUGAUUUUUCUGUAAAUAUUUAUUACUGUACAUUGCUUUGUUUAUAAAAAUUUCUAUUUAUAUUAUACCAAUCGUAGUAGCUUUUAAAAUAAGGACAUGAAAAUGCUGAGGGUCUGUUUACUGAAAAAUUCUAUUAACUGUCUUGCAUUUCGAAGUAAGAAGGCAGAAUUUCUCAGUGUUCCGUCAGUGCAACAAUAAAAUAUGCAAUCCUCCCAUCCAAUGAUUUUUUACCUUGAAAUUAAAAACAAUUAAAAAAACAAUUUUCAACUAAGAUUUUUUUCUUUAUUAUUUUUUUUUUAAUUUUUAAACACAUAAUGAUAAAUGUUACUAGCAUUACAGUGCAGAAUAUUUGAUACAUCUGAUUGUGAGAAGAGCAAAACAAAUUGAUGAAAUUUGUACACAAACUCUGCUGUAAUCACUCUAUGUAUAUACAAUGUAACACAGAAGGCCAUGGGUGGAGGACACUAAAGCAUUUUUGUCCUGGUAAAAUUGAUAUCCCACUGAUGUGCAGAUUAUUCUACCAUCAUAAAAUAAAUUGGCAAGACAAACAAAUGAAACUAAAUGACAUGGUGUUAGGCACUAUCACAUUAGAGGAAGGAGAAAAUAAAACCAACAAACAUAGCCAAAUAAUUUCUGUACACUUGUUCUAUUUACACAACUCAAGCCAGUCAACACAGGUGAUGAUGCUCCCCUAUCAUGUCUUGAGCCUUGGGUAUUUACACAAAGAUGAAUGCCAAUUUGUUCUAGUUUGCAUAGAAGUGAGAAAACUAACAUGAUGCGGACAUUCAUUAAGAUGCAAUUAACACACUGAAAGUUUUAUUUUUUGAAAAAUUUACUGCCUUUGUAGAAAAUACAUUAUUUGUUUAAAAAAAAAAUGCAAAAAAAAAAAUUCAAAUUUUGUUUCAAGCCAAAUAUAAGAUUUUCAAAAGUAAAAAACCAAAGGAGAUAUAUACAGCAUCUUAGCAAUUAAAAAAAAUGUGUACAUUCUCUCAAAAUCAUCUAUAGUAUCAAUAUGUGAGUCAGCUAUAUGAUGGAUCUUAUUCUCAAAAUUAAGUAAAAAUAACCCUACAUUAGACAAUUCCCAGGUGUACCAGCUAGAGAGGCCACAGAAACAGCUACCCAUGUCUGUCAAAAAAACAUCCCAAACCUAGGCUCAGCACUCAAUCUUCAACUAAGAGACAAAUAUUUCUUAAGCCAUAGAUUUCUAUUUAUUAAAUUAUCAAUUUUAAAAACCAUUCCUUUUUUAAAUGAGAAAAAACAAGAAUAAGCAUGGACAAACAUUCUACAGGCAAAAAAAGAAA